AUGCUAGUUUUCCCUCCAGAGGUUUUAGCCCGUAUUUCUCCAGAUCUAUCCCUUCAAAGACAUCUAUCUUUGGGCGUGCGACCUUCCUUACGAGGUUUUACAGAGUUUAGGGAUGUUGGAAUCAGUGAUGGAAAUCUAUCCAGACAUAGCGUGGAGUGCAAGAACAAAGCUUCAAAUAAUAUAAUAGGGUCUAAUGUGCUAAAAACUGGCAAUACGUUUGUAGUAACGACAAUUACUGCCUCUGUGGUGGAAGAGGCUCUUGUGGAGAAGGCAGGUGCUGAGAAAGGUCCUGCACGGAAGGAAUAUGGAACAGUAUAUCCUGUAGUGGAGGUAGAGAGGGGCAGAGUAGAAAGAGGACGUGGGGGUGUGCCAACAGACGAGGAGAUGAUUUUGUCUCAGCGACUGCAUGAUGCGAUCUCCGCUUCGGGAUUGAUACCGUCAGAAGCUCUGGAAGUCGUAUGCGGCAUGAGAACGCUUGCGCCAUCUGGUGAGCUGAAGACUAUGUAUCCGGAAGAUUACGAUGGCGAUGAGGAAGCUGCUAAGAUUCUUUCAUUGAAUGACAGGCGCAAAUGGUCUUACUGCCUCCAUGCCAAGAUUGAAGUCUUUAGUCGCGAUGGUCCGCUUUUCGAACUAUGCUGGAACUCUUUGAUGUACGCUCUACAAACUGUACAACUACCCCGUGUGUAUAUGGAUGAGCGCGCGGCAGAUCUAAAGAUACCUAUAAGGACCAGAGGUCGCAAUGCGAUGAUCAAGGAGGCAUACGACUUAAAGUUUGACCCGCUACGCAGCAUUGUCCUGGACCUGAACAAGAAUAACAUUGCAUAUGCGUCAGGAUUCGGUGUAACUGACUUGGAUAAUGAGUCACGUCUAGAGCCUGGGGAGGACGACAUGGCAGUUGAGGUGCCUGAGAAGAUUUUGCUAGUAGACCUGGAGGGAGAAGCAGAGGAAGCGUCAAUCAAAUCCACGCUCUCACUGGUUACUAGUCCUGGUGGCCAGUUGACUACCAUUUCGUUGAUAGGAGGCGGUUCCCGGAUAACUCUGGACCUUAUUAAAUCAUCUUUCCAGCAUGCGAAGGAAAGGUCGAAAGAUCUGGCAAGCAAGGUCUGA